UAGUGAAUUACUCAUGAAAUUUGGAAAGGGAUACACAAAUAAAUGAUGUUAGAAAUAAGAACAUAGAAGUGUAAGAUGAAUCGCUUAACUUGUCCGUGUUUUGCUUUCUUUUGUGUUCAUUUUCUUUUAGGUUUGGACAGAUAAUGGCGACCUCUAUGGACUGGGAUGAACUGGUCUGGGCUUGGGAGGGGUUCCGUGAUGCAGUAGGAAUACCAAACAAACCUCUAUUCGCGAGAUACGUGGACAUUGCUAAUGAAGGAGCCAGAGCUAACGGGUAUGAUGAUCUUGGGGACUCCUGGAGGUCUGCCUACAGUGAUGACCUUGAAAAUCAGGUGUACGAACUCUACAAUGCUAUUCUUCCUCUCUACAAGCAGCUCCAUGCCUAUGUCAGACGCAGGCUAAACGGGGUCUACGGAUCAGAACAUGUUCCCCUCACCGGCAAUCUACCAGCUAAUGUUCUAGGUGACAUGUGGGGUCGUUUCUGGACGAACAUCUAUCCCCAUGUGGUUCCAUACCCUGACCUACCCAAUAUUGACGUCUCUGAUGAAAUGGUCCGACAGAAUUACACCGUCGAUAGGAUAGCUCGUAUGGCAGAUGAAUUCUUCAGCUCCAUGGGUCUAUUUCCGGUCAAUGAUGCAUUCUGGGAGAAUUCCAUGUUGGAGAGGCCUGAUGACGGGAGAGAUGUGGUGUGUCACGCGUCUGCAUGGGACUUCUACAACAGAGUAGACUUUAGGAUAAAGAUGUGCACCGAAGUCAAUAUGGAAUACUUCCUGAUCCUUCAUCACGAGUUAGGUCACAUCCAAUACGACAUGAAUUACAAACACCAGCCAGUGUCCUUCAGGGAUGGGGCUAACAUCGCUUUCCAAGAAGCCAUAGGGGAGGUGAUGUCGCAGUCAGUAGCCACGCCCAAACAUUUAAAAGAGGUCGGCUUGUUUGAUGGCGAGGAUGACCCAAUAGAAGGCGAGUAUAACUAA